UAAAUGUAAAAAUCUUGGUUAUAAACAGACAUACGUGGAUGUGAAACAAAUCUUUAAGGAGACAUGUCAGAAGAGGUACAAAUAAACGUAGGAGGGACUCUGUUUAUAACAAAAUGGUCAACAUUACACAAACAUCGAAACACGUUAUUAGGUUCGCUCUCAACUACAUCAGAAUUCUACAGCAAGAAGAAACAGUAUUUCUACUUCGAUAGGAACCCAGAUUAUUUCAACAUCAUUUUAGACUUUUACAGGAAUGGACAUAUUCAUUUUCCAACUCAUGUUUGUGGAUGGAUCUGGAAACAGGAACUGAAAUUUUGGAGAAUUCCGGAAACAGAAAUAUCCGAAUGUUGUUACCCGACUUACGUCAAAUACGACAAAAAUAGAGCUGUGACUGAGUAUAUCAAAAAUGCUUUUAUCGUGUAUACAGCCGAGUACCAGACGAAAGCAGUUUCCUGUUUAACAGGGAUCACACAAAGAAUAUGGCUGUUUCUGGAGGAACCCACAUCAUCACUAGCAGCUCGGAUCUUUGGUGUCAUCUAUAUUCUGGUAGUAGUCUUGUCAGCAAUUACCCCGAUGUUGGUAACUUAUCCGGACAUCAGAGAACAAAUUGUGGACAUCAACGUAUUGGUUUAUGUGAUGACCAUGAAAGGCUUAAAUUUAUGGAUAAACACAGAAAAUCCGAAGGAAGUCAUGUUCGUUACAACAAAAAUGCCUGACUGGCUUCAAAAUUUGGAUCUUUUCAUAAUGAUCUUCUUUUCCUUUGAACAGCUUUUAAGGUUUAUAAGUUGUCCAAGAAAGUUACAUUUUUUCAAAGACUGGUUAAAUGUUUUAGAUAUUCUAUUGUUUAUCGCUAUGUGGGUACGUUAUGGAAUAUCACACCACAGGGAAAAAAUUCUCGAAAGUUUAGAUCUGUUAAUCAUAUAUGCCGUCUGCUAUAGCGUUGUUGUUUUUCGUCUGCUAAGAUUCUUCCGAAUCACCAGACAGUACAGUGCCCUUCGGAUACUAUUGAUGUCUGUUCGGGCCAGCCUGAAGGAACUUAGUCUGCUCAUUAUAACUGUUAUGGUGUUUAUACUGCUAUUUUCCAAUCUCAUAUAUUUUGCUGAGCUUCGCGAGCCAUCGACAUUUCCAAAUAUGCUGACCGGUCUUUGGUGGUCUGUUGUUACUAUGACUACCGUCGGGUAUGGUGACGUGGUACCGCAUUCUGUUCUUGGGUGCUUGGUUGGAUCAAUCUGCGCAAUGUCCGGUUUACUGAUACUUGCCAUGCCAAUUGCUGUGAUAGCUGGGAAAUUUAAUGACCUAUAUGAGAAAAAUGCUGAAAGGGAAGAUUUUAUCAAACUACAUCAGCAGAAUGAAAUAGCUGAAAACCAAAUUCAACCUUGGGAGAAGAUAAAAUCAAUGAAAAAAGAUGGGAUCGGUAAUGCAGACGGUUUGAGAAUCGUAGAUUUAUCAAUGGGACAAGAAUGAUGGCGCACGACUUCGAACUUUCUUAGGACUUACUAACUAACUUCAGGAAAAAUUACUUUAUAGAAAUAGACUGAACGCUUUAACUGAACGUUUUAAUCAUGUCCUACUGGUGAGGAUCUAGUAAGCUUCUCAGUGAUCAAAAUUAGUUUUUGUCAAACUACGCUAUUCAAGGAAAAUUUUCCGAUAAAGUGUAUGCACCAAGUUUUUUGACAAAUUAUUAAAGAAAUUCUUUUGACAAAAUUUUAUGAAUACUAAACUAGCUAAAUUAGUUUAAGUCAGACGAGGUGUUUGGUACCACCUUAAAAGCAAAUAAAACAAUUUAUUACGUUUACGUCGUUUGGUCUGUGAUGGAUAUUUGUUACUUUGUAAAUACUACCAUAGUAUCUUUAUUUUUUAUAUUUAUAUACGUGAAAUUAUGCUUCUCGUGUAUGAACUUAAUGAGUGAGAGAAUUUAGAUUUACAAUGAUUAAAUUGUUGCUUGUA